GACGUAUAAAACCUCUACAAGGUCCACUUCGGGAUGUAUCACACAGUAUAGAGCAUUUCACGAUGACUCCACUGAUCGUAAGCCUUGUUUUGUGCGCCUUUCAACUUAGCAUCGUAACGGCUGAGCUGAGAGGUUUGCCGGAAUCAACAGAUGAGCUGGAUGCCUGUGGUAAACAUUAUAACGAUCUACUGGCCGCCACCAACGCCUGGCACAAGAAGAGCUGCAAUGGAACGGAGAAACGGGCUGCCUGUGUGGUGCCGGAGCAUGAACAGGCCUAUCUGGAGCUGAAGCAGCGCUGCAAACAAGCGCACGACGAGCGCACCGCCAAGAUUAACGACAUUUAUGAAAAGCUGCCAAAAUACAUCACUGAGGUGGGUUCGCGGGUGAACUUGCUGAAAGAGUCGCUCCGGAACGAUAUGCCCAGUCUGCAACAGAUGGUAAAUGACCAGAAGAGUUUGCUGGAAGCUGCGUGGAAAUAUGGUGCGCAGCUUCAGCGUGAGCUGAUGCUUACCAGCAUGGAAUCGGAUCACAUGCAACGUGCGUUGCUGCUUCACUCCAUGAUGGUGAACUCUUCGCUGCAGGACAUGAUGCAGGAAAGUUACCGGUACCAUGGUGGUAACAGUCGAAUGGUGGCCCGGAUGUUGAAGUUCGUUCGUUUACUACCAUCCGCUGAUGAGCGGGUCGAGGUUUAUAAGCAGCUGGCGGGGUUGUUAAAAUCUAACAAACAAGAUGAGCUCUACCCAGCUAUCAUACUCUCCACCGACGUGAAGGAGCUGAAGGAUCGUAGCACGCCAGAUCUGGCCCAGUUCGAGAGUAAGGUCGUGGAGCGCUGGCAAGCCCAGCUGCUUGCGGGCAAUUUUAACGAGGCUCUGAUGUUCGCCCAGAGCUAUCCCGACUAUUAUGCGCACGUCGAGAAGGCCCUGUACGAGGCGCUCCAACAGCAAUGGUCGGUGGAAGCCCUCAACAGGAUGGUUCAUCUGCCUAACGCUCUGCCAGUUGCAACGCAACGUGUUACAGCUUUCCGUGCCAUUCUGGAUGCAUUGUUGGCGAAUCAAACGAAACAGCGCAACGAUGCGUACCUGAUGCGGUUGGCGCACGAGCUGACAAAGCUGGAAGGGUCACUCGACACGGACGAAACACGUCAAGCACUGGAGGAAGCCAAGAAACUGUUCGGACAGUUUACGUACACGCGCGAUUUCUCGACUUACGCAGAGCUGUACAAGGUGUUCAGGGCAGCUUUCUAGAUCACUAUCAAUUUUGUGCCGAAUAAAUCGAACUCCAUUGUACGCUUCAGAAGCAAUAAACAAUGGUAAAAUGCAAA